CCAGGGACCGCACCCACAGCUCCACAACCUUCGCGUUCAAGAGAGCCCUCGUUCAUCACUGCCGCCGUACGACCGCCUUCUCGCCAGAGCCAGGUGCCUCUCCUCCUCCUCGGCAGGAGACGUCGACACGCGCCACCAUCCAACAUGGGUCUGAAACAUCUUCAAAGCCAGAGCGACUUUGACGAGAUAAAGGGAUGCGCAGGGAGCCGUCUCAUCAUUCUGUUCUUCACGGCAAAGUGGUGUGGCCCGUGCCAGCAAAUCAAAGAACCAUACCACACAAUGGCCGAGAAGGAGGAGUACAACGCUGUGUUCUGUGAGGUCGAUGUGGACGAGGCCGCGGAUCUUUUGAGCAGCUUCGGCAUCAACUGCAUGCCAACAUUCGUGUUCUUCAAGGACGGGAUCCAGCUGGAAAAACUGGAGGGUGGGAGCCAAGGAAACCUGAGAAAACGGAUAGAGAAAUACGAGUGAACACGGCACGUGGGAGCAAAGGGGUUCAGUCAGAGCACGGAAUGAAAAACAUGGCUAAGGUGUAAUCGUGGCACCGAAUGUGCAAGGAAAUGGGCUUCUCCCACUGUGAGCGCUUUUUGAGAUAAUCAUCACUGGCGGUCUCUAAGUCUUCUUGGGACAUCACACGCUGUUCUCCUGUCUUUCGGUAUUGUGUUAUUCUUCUUCCCUUGACAUUUCCAGGUUUUUGUGGACCUCAAAGGUGGCAGACUCAAGUGGUAUUGGGUCCAGACCUAGGUGAAUUGGCAACAAUGGCCCCCUCUAUUAAAAGUUCCUCCAGCAGCAUAAAGUUUCAUCAUCAUUUACCAUGAUUACAUUUGCAUUAAAUUAAACCUACAUCAUGCAUGUCCGUUUUGAAUGGCCUUGCAAUUAAAUGAUUGUGUGAAUUUAUUUGGCGUUUUAACACGUGGUGCCGUUAAAAAACACGUGGUGCCGUUAAAAAAAAAACAUCGAUCACGUGUUUCUUAUAUCAACAUCAUAAUUGGUCACGUAAUUUAAAUGUCCAAGGAAUUCCCCAUGACAUUUGCAGGGAGCCCCCAAUGUUGCUUUAUGUGGUCCAGCCAAUAACGCAGUCAACUCCGUAUAUGCUCUCAUUUCUAUUCGCUUCAUUGCUGUACUUUAUUUGACUGGGUUUUUGCUUUUGUCAUUGUUGGUAACCCCAGGUCACGCUUGCAAAAGAGAGACUCAUCUUGGUCUCUUGAGUUGUCACCCAGUUCAACAAAAUAAACUUUAAACUUGGUAACAUGCUCACA